UCAGUACGGCGCAGCUCGAGCCACGCGUCGCAACUCCCGUUGGAGAGCCGGUGCGAUUUCUCACGGGGGAUAUAGAUCGGUCACAGAGACACGUGAGCGAGAGGUGAAGUGCGAUUGUUUUUGUUUUCGUUUCUGUUGGUUUUUCAGAAAAUUCGAUCUCUGUUAUAUAGUCGUUUUCGAGAUGUAGUAUAUAGACUCUUUUUUGGUUUCGUUUUCUGUGCCAGUGAAUUUACGUACACAGUGGACGAUGUAUAACGGCUGCCCUAGUAGCCUCGUCGUGUGACAUCCACAUGCGAAGCUUCAUCAUUCCGCGCAGCGUCGGCCGUCGUUAUAGAGGCUACGACAAGCGUCAGCGGCAAAUCUGGAGCGGCGUGAAAAAUCGCGGCGCUAAUUGCAAAAAUAAGGAAGGGGCAGAAAUAGAAUGCCCGCCGGCUGUGCCGUAGCUGCAUCAGCGAUGCUCGAAGCGAAAGCCAGCGGCAGCUGCAGCAGGGCGACGAGGAGAAAAGUCAUGCCGUGAGCGAAAUUAAAGAACAAGCAGCGGCAGCUCUCCCACUCGAGAAGAAGCAGAAGGAGAAGGAAAAGCAGUGAGAGAAGAGAAGUGAGAAAAAAGGAGAAAAGCGAGACGCAAAGCGAGGAAAAUGGAGGGCAAAACGUCGGCUAAUUCCUCGACGAGGCUGGUCUACUACUUGCUGCUGGCGCAAUUCCUCGCGCAAUUCGUCAGCUUCUUCUACCUCUACGUCAACAUGGCGCGACUCGAGUCUCAGCUCGGCAGUUCCCAGCUGGCCGACUGCGCUGAAUUGCCCAGGCGCAGCAAGAGGAGCAGCUCCAUCCCCGCCGCCGAGGACAACGCCGUCUCCGAGGUCUUCAGGAGUCGCGACGUCAAGGAUACCCUGAAGGAGAGGCAGAGCGCCCCGCUUAAAGGCAACGAUCGGCUCUGGCUGCCGGGCGAUACUUACAUAUCGUCCGACUUUAUCCAGAAGAUGUGUCGCGAAACGGCCGAGUAUUGUCCGCCCGGAACACCCGGGAUGCCUGGGAGCAAUGGAUUUCCCGGGCCCAAGGGCGACCAGGGUCUGCCUGGGAUUCAGGGAUCGCCCGGCAUUCCUGGACCGAGGGGUCCGCCUGGACCCGAGGGACUCAGGGGUGGGCCUGGACUAGACGGCAUCGACGGUAUUCCCGGAGAGCCGGGAUUGGACGGACUUCCUGGACGCAGCGGUAACGACGGUGUGCCCGGCCAAGACGGUAAGCCCGGACUGAAUGGCACUCCCGGAGCACCUGGCCGUAACGGCACCGACGGAAGAAACGGCUUGCCAGGAGCGCAGGGACCCCAAGGGCCUCCGGGUACUCCAGGAAAAAUGGGCCUACGCGGUCCACCAGGUCAGGACGGCCGACCUGGCCAGGACGGCAGUCCUGGCUUACCCGGUAUCGUCAGCUACGCGCCUCUGCGAGGCAAUGGCUCUGCUCUGAAAGUCAAUACCAACGACCUGCUCGUACCACCUUCGAUCGCCAGCAGCGGUGACAUCCGAGGGCAGUACGUGACGCUGAUGGCGGAGGAAGGGCUGAACGUGCGGCUCGAAUGCUUUGCCUCCGGUAAGCCAACUCCGAUCGUCCAGUGGCACAGGCCCGACGGUCAGCUCAUUCACACCGGCUUCUGGUACGCGUCAGCAGUCUACGGGAGUCCCUUGAAUCUGUCGUCGGUGCACAGGGACGACUGGGGAAAUUAUACCUGCACCGCAGACAAUGGCAUACCGCCCAGCGCGACCAAACAAUACAUGCUCGGCGUUAAAUUCGGGCCGCUGAUAAGGAUUCGCUCGCCGCUAGUACGAGCACGCAAUCACGGCAUGGUGGUGCUCGAGUGCGAGGUCGAGUCUUUCCCCAAGCCGGAACAUUUCUACUGGGAGUUCCGCGACAGUCGGGUCGAGAACAAGGACAAGCACAGGAUGACGAUCCAGGAGGACGAGUACAAGAGGGAUUACAAGUUCAAGAUGAGGCUGAAGAUCUCGAAAAUCACCAGCUCGGAUUACGGCAAUUACUACUGCGCCGUGAAGAAGAACUACAACGUGACGAAGGGCGUCGUAACAGUUCGAGACGUGAACGACAAGACAGCGACGUCCUCCGAGUCCAAGGGUGUGGCCAUCUUCGGCAAGCCGCCGCCGCCUCGGCCGCAGUUCAGGAAUCUCUGUCCGCCCCAAUUAAACUGCGACAGCUGUCCACGGGCGAACUGCGGCUAUCAGGACGUCGAAGCCAAACCGAUGACGGGCAUCAAUUUUCCGGGGCUGCCUCCUCGAGUAGCCGACGGCGUGAUAGGAGCCGUCGGCAAGCCCGUGUUCAAGGGUCAAAUGGACGAUCUCUACGGCAUCUGGAUGCAGGACGCGUCGCCUAAAAGCCAGUCGACGGCAGGCAAGCUCUGGGUCACCCGCAGCACCGACACCUCUCACGUCUUCGAGUACGCCGACAUAGACGACUACGCGCAGAAGAAGAGCCCCCGCAGCAUCAAGCUGCCUUACAACUUCCAGGGUAACGGGCAUCUGGUGAACGACGGCUACUUCUUCUACAACCCGUACAACCGCUCGUCCAUCGUACGACUGGAUCUGACGCACAACGAGGGCACCAUCUACGCUUUCGGCAGGCUCGAGAUGGAGUUGCCCGGCUUGCGCGUUAAUACCGGCAAUUAUCUCUACACGCCGAAUCACAACUUCAAUUACGUCGACUUUGACGUGGACGAGAACGGUUUAUGGGCCAUUUACGGGACGCCGAGCAACAGCACCGUCGUGAUGAAAGUCGACCCCGACACGAUGACGCCCCAAUACGCCUGGAGCAUCAGCGUCGAUCAUCACAAGUACGGCGAGAUGUUCGUCUCGCGCGGCGUCCUCUACGCCGUGCACAGUAUCACCGACGCCACCAUGAACAUCAGCCUGGCGAUCGAUCUCUACCAGGGCAAACACCUGAACGUCAAUUUGUCUUUCCUCAACGCUUACAAGAAGGUGACCAUGCUGAGAUACAACAAUAAAACGAAGGAGCUGUACGCCUGGGACAACAGCACCCUGCUGGCCUAUCAGUUUCUUUUCAAGGACCCGAACGACGCCGGCGCCGAGCCAAAGGACGCAGCAGCCAGUGCCAAGGAGCAGUACAACGCGUAGGCACAAAUUAUUAUCGAGCUCUCGUGUGCGUUGUAACUGCGUUAUAUAUACCGUACGAGAGCAAGCAAGAGAGAGGAAGUGUGCCUGUAUACUGUAUACACAUGCACACGCGGUGCGGGAACGCAAAGCUCUUAGCUUGCAAGCUCGCAACCGCUUGUGUUUGAGUUGAUCAGCGCUGACUGCGGCGAAUUUUUAUUAUUAUCGGCCGCGCAUACACCUAUAUAUGAGUUGUAGUAGGCGCAUUGUGUGUUCUAUGCGCGGGGAAAUGAACGAGAGAGAGAAUCCGGCAUUUUUACCGCCGCAGCUCUGCAAAAUUGCCAGCGUUCCGCUCGACUAUCUUUGUUUUUUCAUCCAAUAUGAUUCCGAAUUUCGGUUGAGCGGGUAUAGCGCCCUUGUUUUCGAUUGCGAGGCUUUUCCUCUCUCCUAGCAUUCGAGCGAAAGAAGGCAUUAAUCAGCGUUUUUUUUAAACUCGCCCGCAGCGCAAAAAUCAAACAAAGGCUAUUGUACGCGCAUCGAUCCUUGAAAAAUUCAUCCGCGUCACCGGAUAACUACUCCGAUGUUCAACCGGAAAUGAUGACUAGUCGACGACGAGUCGUCAGCUGGGCGAUACGGAAAAUUGAAAAAAAAUAUCAACGUGGGCGAGCGAUAAAGAAUUAUUAUUUGUCGAUCCGUUUUGUCGCGACUGCUGGCGCACGUACGCGCGCGACCUAUGGCUCUCGUUCUGUCUUUUGCUCUGCGGGAGCGGGUGCAUCGAUUUUGCGCGCGCGAGCGGCAAGAUGAAAGCUGGAUUACGCGCCAUGCCGCCCCCCCCCUCUGUCCGUUUAUUAUUGUCGAGCCGGACGAUGUAUUAUUUUUUAUUUUAUCUCGUUUCAAUUUUUUAUCCGGAUUUCACGUGCUCGUCGAGGCACGUAUCUGCGAAUGAUUAUGCGCAGAGAUUUUCGCGAGGAUUUUUGUUUUCCCGCCGGUAUGACGAACGAGAUUAUUGAUUUUUUGUUUUAUGCGGUGGGUGAUUAUAUUGGUCGGCGUAUGCGAGACGUAUGCUGUACGUGUUUUUAUAAUUUUUUACAUUGAAGGUGUAGGAAAAGCACGUGCUCAGGAUGCUUCCGUUUCGUCGCGAUGUAUAUCGUAUACCCGCCGAUGAUUUAUCUUUUAAAGACUAUGCAUAAUUGGAUAAGAGAUACCCUCUUCGUGAUACGUUCACUAUCGUGUAUAUUGUUUCUUAUAGAACUACUCUAGACUAGGACUCUCAUCUUCGUGUACCACACAUAAUUACACACUUUCUUCUGAUGAAAAUAAAGAAAAAUUAUUGUACAAGUAUAAUUGAGACACACAGUGGGAAUGUUAUAAACAAACGAUAACGACUUCGUUGCCAUACUCGGAUGGCUUCGCUGAAUGUAGACUAAAAGAAUCUAGGGAGUAAAGUUUGAUAAGCAUUAAGGCGUUUUCGGGGAGGAGUGGAACAUAUUUAUAUAAUCGUUGAAGCGAUACAUGUAUGUUUUAUAAAUAAAUGAAAAUUUAUCGAGCGCCCA